UUAAUUUUUUCUUUUUUUCUUUUUCUCUUAAUUUUCUGCAGUCUUUUUAUUUUUCAUCAUUUUUAAAAAAAUUUUUGUGAAAUUUUCCUUGAAUUUCUUUUUAUUUUGCAAAAUUUUCUUGAUAGGCUUCUUGAUAAAUUUUCGUGUAGGGCUAACUCAAGGAACGGAUAAGACACAAGGAACGACAAGUCAAGGAAAAGACAAAUCAAGGAAACUCAUGGAUCGUUCCUUGACCUGUCUGUUCCUUGAGUUGUAUGCCCUUGAGUUGAUCGUUCCUUGAUUUGUCUUUUCCUUGACUUGUCGUUCCUUGACUUGUCUGUUCCAUGAUUUGGAAUUCCUUGAGUUGUCCCUCACCCAUAAAUUUUUUCUUUGUUAAUUUGUAUUUUAGAGACACCAUUUAUUAAAUAAAAUAUCUCAUAUUUUCAAUGGGAAAUCAACAGUUUCAGCAACAAAAGCCAGGUUCAGGAGAUAAGCAAGGGGAGGGAGACAAGAAGCGCCGUUUUGGGCCUCCAAUCCCUACACGCUUUGGGAAGCGAAAGAAGGGAAGUAAAGGACCUGAAGCUAGCAAUAAAAUGCCAAAUGUGACACCAGUAACUCGUUGCAAAUUGCGUCUUCUUAAAUAUGAACGGAUUAAAGAUUAUUUGUUAAUGGAAGAAGAAUUUAUUCGAAAUCAGGAAAGACAUAAACCUCAAGAAGAAAGGCAGGAAGAAGAACGGACAAAAGUAGAUGAAAUGAGAGGGUCACCAAUGGCUGUGGGUACUUUGGAGGAGAUUAUUGACGAUCAACACGCUGUUGUUUCGACGAACGUUGGCAGCGAACAUUAUGUUAACAUUCUUUCAUUUGUGGACAAGGAGCAAUUGGAGCCAGGCUGUGCAGUUCUUCUAAAUCACAAAACACACGCAGUUGUUGGUGUUUUGGCUGAUGACACGGAUCCUAUGGUUUCUGUAAUGAAAUUGGAAAAGGCUCCGACUGAAACAUACGCCGAUGUUGGCGGUUUGGAGCAACAAAUUCAAGAAAUUAAAGAGGCAGUGGAAUUGCCACUUACACAUCCAGAGUACUACGAAGAAAUUGGAAUCAAACCUCCAAAAGGAGUUAUUCUCUACGGCCCGCCUGGCACAGGCAAAACAUUGCUAGCUAAAGCUGUUGCUAAUCAAACGUCUGCCACCUUUUUGCGUGUUGUUGGCUCUGAGCUUAUUCAAAAAUAUUUGGGAGAUGGGCCUAAAAUGGUUAGGGAGUUGUUUCGGGUUGCGGAAGAACAUGCACCGUCAAUUGUUUUCAUCGACGAAAUUGAUGCCAUUGGCACAAAACGUUAUGAAUCCAAUUCUGGCGGAGAACGCGAAAUUCAACGUACUAUGCUUGAAUUGCUCAAUCAGCUGGAUGGUUUUGAUUCUCGUGGAGAUGUUAAGAAAACUAAAAGACGUAUUUUUGGCAUUCACACAGCCCGUAUGCAAUUGGAAAAUGUUAAUUUGGAGGAAUUUAUUGAGGCAAAGGAUGACCUUUCGGGAGCUGAUGUUAAAGCAGUUUGUACCGAGGCGGGGCUUUUGGCACUUCGGGAUCGUCGAAUGCGUGUUACUAUGGAGGACAUGAGAAAAGCUAAAGAGAAUGUACUCUAUAGAAAGAAGGAUGGGGCACCAGAGUCGAUGUAUCUUUAA